AUGAUAAAUAUUUCCACGAUAUGGGUACUUCAGGACAUGACCAUGAGCGAAGCCGAUUGGUUGCCUUACGAGGUGCCGUUGCUGCUCCAGCGCAAUGUCACCGUUUCUGACGGCUGUUUGACACCGGCCCUAGGACAAGAUGUCACUGAAAGCAUGCACCGACCGGCCUUCGUGCCCGGCAAGCAACGGAUGACCAACAGCCUGGACCAGACCGGCUGCAUCAACAGCAGUACUGCGCCGCCGAUGCAGCGCUGCUGGCCUUUGGUAUUUUCCUUCGAUGACGUGGUCAUGUACGGCCAAAACAUCGCCAACUUUAACGCGGAAUUAGCUGGUUAUGUAUUGUGGCUGGACAAAACGCCCGUACGGUGUGUGGAUGUCAUGAGCGACGCCUGCGUGAAGCAGUACGAUGUAAUUGGUUGUUUUUACAAGUUGUAUCCGUACACUCAAGAUCCGCCACCAAGCAACGACGACGUCGGCGCCGCCGAUGGCGGCCUUGGCGGGAUUGCCGGCAGCGGCACUGGCACCGGUGGCGCUGGCGGCGACGGCGGCCGCAGGCAGGGCCAGCGUCCUGUGAUUGCCGGUACACUUGGCGGCGUGUUUGGAGGCCUGGCGCUCCUUGGAGGUUUGCUCGGUGCCGCAUUGGUCGGUUUAAGACGACGGAGGCAGGCGCGCCAGCAACGUCGCGAAGCCUCGUCCAAACUCGACGACGCAGCCUUUUCCCGGGCCUCAGACUCGGGAAAUGGAAAUAGGGUGACGCCACUUACCCCGCCCAAGCCCGGCGUAAACCUGCGUCUCGACCUAGGCGGCGGUGAGCUGGAGCUGCUACCUGGAGUCAUCGGAAAGGGCACAUUCGGUCGUGUCGUACCCGGACGGUACGGCGGCCAGCCAGUGGCGGUCAAACUACUCGACCAUGGACUUCUGCCCGCAACGACCCAGCCGCGGUCAAAAAUGGGACAACAGAGGAAUCUGCGGAAGGAGCAGCCGCCGGCGGAGGCGGCUUUACUCGUGGCUGCGUUAGCCGUAAUGGCGAAGUGGGAGCCCUCGUUGCCGUCAACACUUCGAGGUCAUCUUGUCCAGGGUACGACAACUGCUCCUCAGUGCGCGAAUGAAACUCUUUCGCUAUCAGCGAUUAGACCACUGGCGGAGCAGCGGGCUGCGCCACUGCUGCCGAUGGUACCGCCGACGUCAAUGCCUGUCGCCGCUGCCGGCGGAAGCGGCAACAACCGGGGUAUUGGCGGCGGCAACGCGCCAACAGCGGCUGCGGCUGCGGGACACGGUUCUUAUCGCCAAGCUGUCGUACUGGAAAAUACGGAAUCGAGCAUGGCGGACCACAUUCAGAGCAGCCCGCAGGCGCCCUCAGACAGGAGCGGCGGUUGCGACCCUCGGGACGGCGUUGCAAAGCCACGGCCUAACGGCGGCGGGGGGGAUUGCGGUGGCGGUCAUGGCGUUGCCGCUGGUGGCGCUGGCGGCGACGGCGGCGGUUGCGGUGUCGCCGCUGGGGGAUGCCGAUGUCAUGAAGUGAGCUCCCGGGGAGGCCACAACGGCACAACAGCCGCCGCUGCCGCCGCCGCCGCCGCCGCUGAGCCCACCGCAAUGAAGGCGGUUCCCGCCGACCCUCGCCACCUCGCUUUCCUGCAAGAGGCGGAGGUCAUGGCCCGAAUGCAACAUCCAAAUAUCGUACGGCUGCUGGCGGCGAAUACGACGCCUCCCAAAAUGUGUCUGGUCAUGGAGCUCAUGGAAACCUCCCUGGAGCGGCUUAUGUACGGCAACGGCGGUGACGGUCCCGGCGAGCUCAUGCCACUUGACAAGGUCCUCCACAUCGGCCUUCAGGUAGCGGCGGGUUUGGAGUACCUGCAUCCCACCAUCGUACACCGAGACCUCAAGCCAGCCAACGUGCUGAUUUCAAACGCGGCCAGCCCUACCCCCAUCGUCAAGCUGGCGGAUUUUGGGCUUUCACGACUGCAGACCUCAGUCAUCGUUACGGAGAAUGUGGGGGUUGGCACGGUGGGCUACAUGGCGCCUGAGACGUUUAGUGAGACAAACUGCGUCGUUACGGAUCGAAUGGACGUUUUCGCGCUGGGCAUGAUUCUCUGGGAGAUGCUGGCGGGCGUACGGCCCUGGCGGGGUUUGAAUCUCAUUCAGGUCGCCGUGGCAGUGGCGCUGAUGCACCAGCGGCCCCCCCUGGAGGCCUUGGCUCCCGAGCGCUGUCCGCGGAAGCUGAGAAACCUCAUCGAGGGCUGUUGGGACAAGGUUCCGGAGCGUCGACCCGCCGCUGCGGAAGUGGUUAAGGAGCUGCUGCUGAUACGGCUGUUGCUGCAAAAGGGCGAUGCAAAGAAGGAGGGGGGGGCAACAACACAGGAGUGA